AUGUCUCUCUCGUGGGAAGGAAUAACCUUUGGAGUUGAGUUAGAACUCAGCACCCCCUGCCCCAGCACAAAACGCCUCUUCAGCGCCAUCGCCCCAGCAUCCGCAGCCCGUCUCAACAUGGCCGAGCUCCUCGCAAAGAACACUUCGUUCCCCGUCGCUUGCGCAUGCACCCACAGCAUGGAGAAACGCUGUCCCGUUUGCGAGACCAUCCCGGAGGAAGACAUGGUGGUGGAUGGAGGUAGAGAUGCAGGUAUUCUCACCUUUCCUGCUGUGGCUCCCUGUAGAUCUGUACUAAACCAUUGCUUCCUCUUCAAGCCUGAAUACCUCGAUCGCGAGACUGUUCUCUCUUUGCAGCGUCAGUGGCCCGGUGUGGAAAUCUGCACCCCGGUCUUUGGCGCAGGUGAGUUGGCUUCCGGACUUGUCACCAUGAAGACCCUUCUUUCGAAUAUUCGCAACAUGGGUCUUGACAUCACUGCAGAUCAGUCGUGCGGUAUGCAUGUUCAUGUAGGUGUUGAAAGCGGUAUGACUCUUCUUCUCGCGCAGAAGAUCUCCACGCUUGUCGUUCUUCUCGAGAACAGUCUUCUUCUGCGCCUUGUUGCGCCUUCGCGGUGGGUAAGUAAGCACUGCAUGCCCGUCUGUGAAGACUCUCAGGGAGCUAGACAAGGAGUUUCUAACGGUGAUCUGAGGAACGACAGCCUUUUCGACCAGCACGUCCCUCCCAUGACCACAAUGCAGCCCGCAGAAUGGAAUGACAACGGUUCUGAGCGGUACUACCGCCUACUGCGGGCCAUAUGGCAGGCAAACACACUCGCCAGCCUCUCGUUAGCCAUCCGAAAGAAAGACCGGACGCGUUGCGCUUUCACACUCUGCCUGCGUUGCGAAAAGCCGUGGCAGGAUCCUGUUAAUGGCUACGAUAUGUACCACGGCACGCCUUCGACGGUGGAGUUUCGCUACUCGCAGAUGACGUUUGACCACGAGCUGCUGCGGAACUGGACAGAGAUUGUCACUCGGAUUGUGGUGCUUGCGCAGGCUGAUGCGGCGACGUUCAAGAAGAUCGCGGCGAGUAUCAUUCAGAUUAACUACGCAGCUGAGGUUCAGGGUAAGGCGGCGUGGAAGUCGUUGAUGAGGGAUGUUCUGGGGCUGGAGCAUCGUGUUGGUGAGUGGGAGGUGCAGCUUGGUCGGUUUGAGCGUGGGGAGUACAUUUCUCUUCUUGAUGAGAAUCUUCUUCUCAAGGCUGAGUGA